UCGAUCUAACAGGAGGGCUACAAAGUAAACAAUAGCAACAACAAACACUGUUAAAGCAAACAAGCAAUAAGGAAAACAAUUAGCCAAAGAAAGAAAUCACAAAGACAAUACAAAAGACUAAAUAAACGAAAUCGAAUAGAAACAAUGAUAACAACUAAGAGAGAACUCAACGGUAUAACUGACUUGCGCGUAAAGCAAACAUAAGUAAAUGCAACAGCAGAAAAACAGUUAAUACAUAAAAAUAAUAAGCUAAGCGUUUGCUUGGACAAGAAUGACGCAGAAACCCAAACAAACUCAACCACCGAAGUUUCAUAGCUAAAAAUAUUAAAAAGCGUCUAUUUAUCUUGGACAUCUCUUUGCCCUAUGCUUGACGGCAUUUUAUAUAUACCCUUCGGUACAUACAUACACACAUAUACAUAUGUAUGCAAUUAGAUUAUAUGAAAUAGCACGCGCAUCUUUUUUCACCUUCGCGCGUUUCUACACCGUCGUCUAUAAAGCUCACUGCAUUACAAACUACACGCUUUAAGAGCACAUCGCCUCCAGCGCCACCGACAUGGGUCAGUUUAAAUGUUGCUGCGUAGGCACUUUGUGGUGUAAUGUUUUUCUACUACUCAUCACCAUUGGCUAUCGGAGCGGCAGCGGAAGUGGCACGCUCGUGUUUGCACAAGGCCAUAAUCAACCAGAUGAGCCGGAGCCUGAGUUCUUGGCGCAAUUGACCAACUUUACAGUGCCGCAAGGGCGCGAUGUCUCAUUCACGUGCGUGGUCAACAACUUGGGCCAGUAUCGGGUUGCAUGGAUUAAAUCCGACUCCAAAGCAAUACUCGGCAUUCACACCCAUAUGGUAUCACUUAAUCCCAGAUUAUCAGUGACACACAAUGGCCACAACACCUGGAAACUUCACAUAUCCCACGUACAGCUCAACGAUUCGGGCAGCUACAUGUGCCAAGUGAACACAGAUCCGAUGAAGAGUCUAUCUGGCUAUUUGGAUGUUGUAGUGCCGCCAGAUAUACUGAAUCACCCGGAACAAAAUCUCGAGGAGGGUAUCAGCAAUGAGGGUGGCACUAUUGUGCUCAUCUGUAGUGCCACUGGUGUACCGGAACCUACAGUGCAAUGGAGACGUGAAGGUGGCAAGGAUAUAAUCCUACGAACGGAGACCCGAGAGAAGCAAGUGGUCAAGUCAGUGGAGGGCGAGAAGCUCAUAUUGACGAAUGUUCAUCGUACCGACAUGGGCGGAUAUUUGUGCAUCGCCUCGAAUGGUGUACCGCCGUCUGUGAGUAAACGUUUCGACGUGCAUAUCAAUUUUUCACCGUCAAUUAAGGCUGUCAAUCAGUUACUCGGCGCGCCCGUUGAACGAGAAGUCACACUUGAAUGUAUUGUAGAAGUGUAUCCGAGACCGCUCAAUGGCUGGUAUCGCAAUGAAGGCAACUUGAAGUUGCACAGCAGCAACAAGUACAACAUAUCGGAGGCAAUGAUUAACUUGUACACGUGGCAUCUCAACCUGACAAUACGUCAUUUGACAAAGGCCGACUUUGGCGCCUACACUUGUUCCAGCGUCAAUGCGUUGGGCAAAAGCGAAGCGCGAAUACGACUGCAAGAACUACGAUUACCGCCAAAACCAACUACGACACCAACACCUUACGUGCACACGACACCGAAACCACGUCGCAAACCGCCAGUCAACCAUCAGAACAAAGGGCUCAAUGAAGUGGUGCGCGCGAAGGAGACACAUCACGCCACAAAUCAAAUGCAGGAGAAUGACAUCUUCGCAGGUCUGAGUGGCACCGGCGGCGCCUUCUUCGGUAGUGCUAACACUCUAAGUAGCAAUGGGGCGUUGGGCGAUGCCGCAGGUGCCGCGCUGGGUAAUGGUAACGCCAACAGUAACAGCCACGCCAACGGUAACUUCAAUACUUUGAGUAACGGCUUGAUAAACGGAGCGGAAGUUCACACACAACUGCCAACACGCAAUGCCGGCAUCUAUGAAAAGACACACAAAUCUCCAACCGGCGUUGUACCCUCACCGCGUUCACCAUGGGUCUUCGCGAAUGGUGCAGCGCCACAAAUGCAUUUUAGUACACAACGAUUACUACUCGCUGCAAAUACGAUUACACUCUUCUACGUCGCAUUAUCUUUGUUCAAAUUUAUAUCGCAUGAACUGUCCGUCGCUAAGGUCACAGCAACGACACUAUGGCGGGCGAAUGGUUGA